AUGGCUCCGAAGCUGCGCAUUCUCCUGAUAGGAAAUGGUGGGCGAGAGCACACUUUGGCUUGGGCUCUGGCCAAAUCGCCGCGAGUCGAUUGUAUCCACGUCGUGUCCGGCAAUGGAGGCACAGAAGGCGUUGCAAAAUGCAAAAACAUCUCAUCAGUCCGCCCCGACGACUUCGCAGCUCUCGUCCAACACGCAACCAACAACCAAUUGAACUUCCUCCUCCCCGGUCCUGAAGUACCCCUGGUGGCCGGCAUCGUCGACUUCUUCAACCAACAUGCCCCCAACGUUCAAUGUUUCGGCCCGUCACAGGCAGCCGCGCAAAUGGAGGGCAGCAAAACCUUCUCCAAAGACUUCAUGAAACGCCAUGGCAUCCCGACCGCGCGAUACGAAAACUUCGACGACUACGAGUCCGCGCGACGCUACCUCGAGACGGUGGAUUUCCGCGUGGUCAUAAAAGCAGAUGGCCUGGCGGCUGGCAAAGGGGUCAUCAUCCCUCAGAACAGCCAAGAAGCGCAAGCCGCGCUCAAGGAAAUCAUGCUCGACAAGGAAUUCGGGGCUGCGGGGAACUCGGUGGUGAUUGAAGAGUUCCUCGAAGGCGACGAAAUCAGCGUGCUCUCCCUCUCCGACGGCCAGACCAUUCUCAGUCUCCCUGCCGCGCAAGACCACAAACGGAUCGGCGACGGCGACACAGGACCCAACACAGGCGGCAUGGGAACCUAUGCUCCAACCCCCUUUGCAACCGCAUCCCUGAUGGCCGAAUUGGAGAAGACGGUCCUGCAACCCACCAUCGCAGGCAUGACGCAAGACGGCAUCCCCUUCCGCGGCUGCCUCUUCACGGGUUUCAUGCUCACCCCUUCCGGCCCGCGCGUGCUCGAGUACAACGUGCGCUUCGGCGAUCCAGAAACGCAAUCCGUGCUCCCCCUCUUGCAGUCAGAUUUGGCCGAGUUGAUGCAAGCCUGCUGCACGGGAACGCUCUUAUCCCACACCCUUGCUAUCGCUCCCAUGAGCGCGUGCACAGUCGUCAUGGCCGCGGCAGGAUAUCCAGGCGCAUACGCCAAAGGCACGCCAAUGACGGUGCAGCCUCCAGCGGAGGAAGAGGGGACCUUUCUUUUCCACGCAGGCACGGUGGUUGAUAGUGACGGACAGCUGAAGACGAGCGGCGGCCGCGUCAUUGCUGCUACUGCUACGGGCGAUUCGCUUACCGAGGCCGUCGAUCAUGCUUACAAAACUGUGAGAUUGGUGCGGUUCGAGGGCAUGCAGUUCCGGCGGGAUAUUGCGCAUAGGGCGUUGCCUGAUGGCUUGCGGCCACAGCGAGGCAUUUUCAAGAGCGGUCGAUAA